UUUAAAAUCAACCUGUCCAGUUCUCACCAACUAACUUAACGACCUCUCUUCAGAAUGAGAAAUAUGUUCAGCACUCUCUUCUCCAUAAGCUCGAGAAAAAGCCUCAAGGCGUUCAUCAGAAAAAGCGUUACUCUGCUUGAGAAUUACACAAACGAGAGGUUAAUCCGUCAUGGAAAUGCCCUCCACUGCCAUUUGAUCAAAAUGGGUCAAUCAUCCCAGAAAUACAUAGCCGUUAAAUUACUCAUUAUGUAUUUAGACUCGAGGAAAUCGUUCGAAAUUGACCAGAUGUUGAAGGAGUUUAAAGGGUUCAAUUUGGUUGUUCACAACUGUUUGAUUAACGCAAAUCUUCAGUGGGGGAAUGUGAUAAACGCGUGUCGGUUGUUUGAUGAAAUGCCCGAAAGAAAUGAGGUUUCUUGGACCGCGUUGGUUUCUGGUUUAUUGAAACAUGGAUAUGUAGAUGAGGCAAUGUUUUAUUUCGAGAGAAACCCGUUUUUGAAUGUUUUCUCAUGGACGGCAACGAUUAGUGGGCUUCUCCAAAACGGGCUAAGUUUUCGAGCAAUGGAGCUGUAUAAGAAGAUGCUUCGUUCUGGGGUUUUGCCUAAUGAUAUUACUUUUACGUCUAUUGUUAAAGCCUGUAUAGAGUUAGGUGAUCUUGAAUUAGGAAAAGGUGUUAUCGCGUUGAUUAUUAAGGUUGGAUUCGAGGAUGAUGUAUGUGUUUCAAAUUCUUUAGUUACAUUCUUUUUGAGGUUGGGCGAAAUGGACUAUGCAAGGAGAACAUUUGAUAGGAUGGAAGAAAAGGAUGUGGUUUCUUGGACCACAAUACUCGACAUGUAUGUUGAGAUGGGCGACUUAAGGGAAGCUCGUAGGAUUUUUGAUGAGAUGCCAGAAAGAAAUGAAGUUACUUGGAGUGCAAUGAUAGCAAGGUUUAGUCAGAGUGGCAAUGCAGAAGAGGCUGUAAGGCUGUUUCAAGAGAUGGUUCAGGAGAGGUUUAAACCGAAUGAAUCGUGCUAUUCUAGUGUAAUUAGUGCACUGGCCAGUCUGGAGGCUCUGCAAGCUGGAAGGAAUAUUCAUGCUCAUGUUAUGAAGAUCGGUAUGGGGACAAAUAUGUUUGUUGGUAGCUCACUUGUUGACUUGUAUUGCAAAUGUGGAAAUACUAAAGAUGGACGCUUGGUGUUUGACUUGCUUCCAGAGAAGAACGUCGUCUGUUGGAAUUCGAUGGUUUCUGGUUAUAGUUUGAAUGGCCAACUUGCAGAAGCUACAAAGCUGUUCAACUGUAUACCUCAGAAGAAUAACAUAUCCUGGAACUCAUUGAUCGCUGGUCACUUAGCUGUUGACAAUUUUGAUGAAGCAUUUGAAGUGUUUAAUGAGAUGAUUUUGUCUGGAGAACAGCCAAAUAAAUCCACUUUUUCAAGUGUUUUAAAAGCUUGUGCAAGCUUAGCCUCACUAGAAAAAGGUAAGUACGCGCAUGCAAAAGCUGUAAAAUUCGGCUUUCAUCAUGACAUCUUUGUCGGGACUGCACUUGUUGAUAUGUACGCAAAAUCUGGAAGUAUCAAAAGCUCUAAAAAAAUCUUUAACAGGAUGCCCACAAAGAAUGAGGUUGUAUGGACUGCUAUGAUUCAAGGGCUAGCAGAAAACGGAUUUGCGGAGGAAUCACUGCACCUGUUUGAAGAAAUGGAACGGAACUCAUCUGUUCCACCAAAUGAGCUGGUCCUUUCGUCGGUUUUAUUUGCUUGCUCCCAUUGUGGUUUAGUUGAUAAAGGACUAAGCUACUUCAAUUCAAUGGAGAAGGUUUACGGUAUCAAACCAAACGAGAGGCACUACAAUAGUAUUGUAGACAUACUGUCUCGAUCUGGACGUCUUUGUGAGGCUGAAAAGUUCAUCAGAAAUAUGCCCUGCGAAGCUGAAGCAAAUGCAUGGGCAGCUCUGCUCAGCGGUUGUAAAACCUACGGCAACGAGACUUUAGCUAAGAGGACUGCAGAAAAGCUCUCAGAACUUGCAGAGACAAAGCCCGGAGGAUACAUUCUCCUGUCUAAUGUAUAUGCAUCAGGAGGGCGAUGGGUUGAUGUUAUGAGUACAAGAGAAUUGAUGAACCAGAAAGGAAUCAAGAAAAGUGGAGGUUGCAGUUGGAUUGAGUUGAGAAAUAGAGUGCAUUUGUUCUACUCACAGGAUGAAACUCAUACUCAGUCCACAGAAAUCUAUUGGGUUUUGCAACUAUUCAAUUCUGAAAUACAAUCCCUAUUUACUUGAAAAAAACUUUCAUUCUUGCAAAUUUUAUGGGCACUUGUGCUAACUGACCACAAUCAAUGCACUGUUUGGGUGGGUACC